AUGGAAGUUGGUUUCGAAAAAUGUAAUGUACUAUCGAAAAUUGUUAUACCAAGACUAAAUGUAACGUCGCACUAUAUUCUCGGUGAAUUAGAAGAGAAAGAAAGAGAAGAAACAUUUCGUUUGAAGAGAGUAAAGGAAAAGAAAGAUUUGGAUAAGAAAAUAGAAGAAAUUAGACGAAGAAUGGAAACAGAAGAAGGUCAACAAGAUAAAGAGAACCCAGAAGUUCCAAAACCACUAGUUUCCGAUACAAAGCCAGAUGAGGUAAAUAAAAAUAAUGCAGAUUUGAAGGUGAUGAUGAAC